GUGAAUGCCUACAGCGGUGCGGUGCAUCCUUUGGUGCACCGGCAUCCCAUCAGCGGUCAGAAGGUUCUUUUCCUCCACCUGGGCCAGACGGGUGCGCUCAUCUCCUGGAACCACACGGGAGAAGCCGCUCCAAGUGGUGUACCGCCCAGUUGGCAGUUGGCACAGGAUGCCAUGGUUCCAGAGCUGCAGAUGCCUCUGGGCUAUCGCACUUUGACUCCCCACGAGGCUACAGAGGUCUUGCAGCGCUACGAGGCGUUGCUGGAACGGCCGGAGCUGCAGAUCACCCACCGCUACCAGGUCGGCGAUCUGCUGUUGCUGGACAACCUCAUGGUCGCCCAUCGCGCCGUGCACCGCGAGAAUUUCGAUGGGCUGCGGCUCCUACAUCGGACCACCCUGCGAGGUACCCGGAAUCUGGAUGCCGAAGGCUUGCCGCCCUUCUUGUACAUUUUUGGUCCCAACCCCUUCGACUCGGGGCUCUGGCAAUCUGCGGACUACUACGGCGUGGGCUUCCGCUGGAACAUCUCGGAGAGCUUUCGAAACUGA